GAAGUGGGACCGGACCAUCUGAUCUUUGUCCUACGUAAGACCGUCGCUCCGCCUCGCUCUCCUAUCGGACCGUUUCCCUACCGCAUCCAUUUUUGUGCAUUCAAGAAAUCUCUUGGAGUUAGCAGCAGCAGCAGCAGCGGCGGGAGGGAAUCGCGGCGGAAGCGAGGACGCCGACAACCGCAACAAGGAUCGCGGCAGCAGCAGCAGCAGCCAUGGGUUAGACUGCAUUCACCAUGAUUGCGAAAUAAAAGCAGCAUCCACACCUGAAGAUGUCAGCUUUGGGGGCCCCUGCGGCUCCCGCUCCGCCGGACCUGAGCCACCUCACCGAGGAGGAGAGGAGGAUCAUCCUCUCGGUCAUGGAGCGGCAGAAGAAAGAGGAGGAGAAAGAGCAGUCCAUGCUGAAGGAACCUCCUAAAGAAGACACAAAGCCUCAGCCAACUCAGUGGAAUCCUUUCAGUGGAAUCACUGAGCUGGUUAGUAAUGUUCUUCAGCCCCAGUCAAAGUCCCCCAGUGAGGAGCAGCCGAAGCCGAAGCUGCACCAGCAGUUUGAGAUGUACAAGGACCAGGUGAAGAAGAUCGGAGAGGAGACUCAGAAGAACCCGGAGCAGAAGGCAGACUCGCCCACCUGUGGGAUCUGCCACAAAACCAAGUUUGCCGAUGGCUGUGGCCGCGUCUGUUCUUAUUGCCAAACCAAGUUCUGCGCGCGCUGUGGAGGACGCGUCUCCCUCCGCUCCAACAAAGUAAUGUGGGUAUGCAACCUGUGCCGAAAACAACAAGAAAUCCUCACCAAGUCGGGAGCGUGGUUCUACAGCGAUCCUGAGGUCUCCAGAUCAGGGCCCCAAGCCAAAGUAAGGGGAGGCCCAGCCGGAGCAAACCAGGACCCUCUCAGAAACGGUUCAGGGAUCCCAGGCAGAAACAGAAGCCCAUCAGCAUCCAGGGACCCCAACGCGGCAUAUAACCAAAGGGAGGGGGAAGGAGGACUGCAGUAUGCCCCGGCUGAAGGAGGCAUGCCCCGCUCUCCGUCCGACUACGGACGUGACCCUGGCCAUUCGCCGAGGAGUUCAAGAAUGUACAAUGAGGUGGGUGGUUAUCAAGACAGCCGAGGACGCUGGCACUCGCAAGGCCAGCGUUUGGAUGGCCAGCUAGAAGACUAUGAACUCCAAAGACGCCGUGAGGAGGAAUACCAGGCCCGAUACCGCAGCGACCCCAACCUGGCGCGCUACCCAGUCAAACCCCAGCCCUACGAGGAGCAGAUGCGCAUCCAUGCCCAGGUGUCACGGGCUCGGCACGAGCGGCGACAUAGUGACGUCUCGCUCGCCUAUACAGAACUUGACGAGCCUCUGCAUGGGCCCGGUGGGCGGCAGUCGCGCCUCCCUCUGUUGGGAGGCCCAAGUCAACGCUCGUACUCCAUGGACAGGAGCUCACCAGGACAUCGGAUGUCGAAUCACAGCCCACCAACACCACACCGCAGCCCGGUGCUGAGUGAUAGCCGGCGAGGACCGGCAGAGCCAACGAGGAAACCCAUACCCCAACAGCACCACUUGGACCCUAGCUCAGCCAUGCGCAGGAACAAACGGGACAAAAUGGAUAACAUGCUACGAAACGACUCUCUAAGCUCGGACCAAUCCGAGUCGGUUCGGCCUCCUCCACCUCGACCGCACCGCAGCAAACGCCUUGGCAAGCUCAGAACCAUGGGCAGCUUCAGCAGCUCAGAAGAGGAACUGGCAACCACGCCAGAGUACACCAGCUGUGAGGAUGUGGAGCUGGAGAGUGAGUCCAUCAGUGAAAAAGGCAACAUUCAAAGGGGAAAAAGAAAAACAAAUGAGCAGGCAUAUUUUUUGGACGCCAGUUAUGCCCCGUCUGAGAGGCAAAAGACAGUGGUGCAAUUUUGGGAGCGCUCCCACGACGAAGAUGCAGAGUGGUGCGAGCCGCAGGUCAAAGAUUCAGGGGUUGACACGUGCAGUAGCACCACGCUAAACGAGGAGCAUAGCCAUAGCGACAAGCACCCGGUGACAUGGCAACCAUCCAAAGAUGGAGAGCGCCUAAUAGGGCGGAUAGUGCUAAACAAGCGGAUGAAAGAUGGCACGGUGCCCAGAGACACGGGGGCACUGCUGGGCCUCAAGGUGGUGGGGGGGAAGAUGACAGAGUCUGGCAGACUUUGUGCUUUCAUUACGAAGGUGAAGAGAGGAAGUCUAGCAGACACUGUCGGCCAUCUCCGACCAGGUGAUCAGGUCCUGGAGUGGAACGGGAGGGUCUUACAGGGAGCCACAUUCAAGGAAGUUUACAAUAUCAUUCUAGAAUCCAAGCCAGAGCCGCAGGUGGAGCUGGUGGUCUCGCGGCCCAUCGGCGAUGUCCCUAGAAUACCAGAGAGCACACAUGGACAACUUGAAUCAAGUUCAAGUUCCUUUGAAUCCCAAAAGAUGGGCCCAUCCAUCUCUGUUACGUCCCCCAUGAGUCCUGGCAUGCACCGGGACAACCCUCAGUAUCUGUCCGGACAGCUCUCAAGUCCAUGCCUUAGUAGAAGAACCACGCCUUUUGUCCCUAGGGUCCAGGUCAAGCUGUGGUACGAUAAAGUAGGACAUCAGCUCAUCGUCACUAUCCUGGGCGCCAAAGACCUGCCUUCACGAGAAGACGGGCGACCUAGGAAUCCAUACGUCAAAAUCUACUUCCUCCCCGACAGAAGCGAUAAAAGCAAGAGGAGAACGAAAACAGUGAAGAAAUCUUUGGAGCCCAAGUGGAACCAGACGUUCAUGUACUCGCCGGUGCACAGACGAGAGUUCAGGGAGCGCAUGCUGGAGAUCACGCUAUGGGACCAGGCCAGAGUCCGAGAGGAGGAGAGCGAGUUCCUGGGAGAGAUUCUGAUCGAGCUGGAGACGGCGCUGUUGGACGAUCAGCCUCACUGGUAUAAGCUCCAAACACACGACCUGUCCUCGAUGCCGCUGCCGAACCCCUCGCCCUACAUGCAGAGACGCCUCCUGCACGGAGAGAGCCCGACACGCAGGUUACAGAACAAGGGCCCAUAUUUUUACAACUCAGGGUCACAGAGAAUCAGUGACAGCGAGUUCUCUGAUUACGACUGUGAAGACGGGAUUGGUGUUAUCUCAGAUUACCGGCACAAUGGCAGGGAUUUCCAGAGCUCCACUCUGUCUGUCCCUGAGCAGGUGAUGUCGUCCAAUCACUGCUCCCGAUCAGACAUGACCCGCACACGCUCGCGCUCACCCAGCGUCCCUCCACCGCAAAGUCGAAGUUUAGACCACGGUGUGAGAGGAGGACCCUCGCUUUACGGCCCCCGACAUCACCUGUCUGAAGACAGAUACUCACCAGACAGCCAGUAUCUUACCCUCCCUCCUCGAACCAGACAAAGACAGCCAAGCGUCGACCCCGCUAUCCAGGACCCCAGUAUGUGCCCCCUCUUUCGGGAGGACGCGGUCAGGUUACUGCGCUCCACUAGGAUGGCCCGUGCAUACUCAGACGGGGCUUACAAUAGCAUGGACAGGAGGAUGAGGAGAGAUAGACAAAUGUCUGCCUACAGUGACUCGUAUGAAUCUCCUGAGAGAUAUUACAAUGGGCCCAAUCAUGUAUCUACUCCAUGGCCCAAUCAUGUCAUGAAUGGAAACGGUGGAGACAACAGAGAGGAGAAUAUCCCAGAGUUCCCAGCUAACCAUGAACACUAUGAGGAUGAUCUGAGGUAUAGCCGCAGCAUGGUGGACAGACAUGAGCAUUACAGGUCCAGGUCAGCUGACCAGCGGCCCAUGAUGGAGCGACCGGUCUACACACGCUCCCGCUCGUCCGAGCGGCCCGACUCCGGCUAUAUGAGAUCCAUGCCGUCCUUACCGUCAGGGAGAUCCGCCCCUCCCUCUCCUGCCUUAACGAGGGCAAACAUCCGCACCGGAUCGGUCCAAACAAGUCCCACCAGCACGCCAGUAUCGAGUCGAAGAGGUCGGCAGCUACCGCAAGUCCCACUGAAGGGCUCUAUGGACAGAACUCAUAUGGGAAUGGAGUCUCCUGUCCCGGGCCCUGCUGCCACCCAUUCCCCCGUACCGCCUCUUGCACAUGCUCCUCCCCCUCCUGCACACGCCCAUCUGCCUUCUUCAGUUGCCACUCCCCCACCCACACAUGCCCCUCCCUCUCCAGCUCCUCCCCCUGCUCCCGCCCCUCCUCCUCCUGCUGCUGCUCCAUCAUCAUCCUCACUGCUCGUCCAGCAGGCUUCUGUGCCAGAAUCCGAGGAAAAGCCUGUAGCUCCCCCACCUGUCAAUGGGAGGAAAGAGGUGACAUGGGAGGACCAGCAGAAGAAAGCUCCUGCUGUAGUGUCAGAGUCAGCAGUGUCAGAGAAUGGAGAUGCAGGCACUUUGAAGGAUCCAUCAAGGCGUGGGAUGGACAGUCUCUCCAUGAGGUCGUCGGACAGUGAUGUAAGCGACGUGUCCGCUAUGUCGAGCGCAUCUCGGCUUAGCAGCACGAGCUACAUGUCUGUCCAGUCAGAAAGGGUGCGAGCGAGCCGCAAGAUCAGUGAGUUUACAUCUAAAAUGAAACACAGGGCUCAGACGGCCACUCCGGGCUCCAACAUCACCAAGAGCUCCAGUGUGGGUGGAGACAUGUGCUCGCUGGGCAGGAAUGACGACGAGGACGACGACAAGAAGAGGCGCUCCAGCUUCGGAGCCAAGAUGGCCGCCAUGGUGGGACUGGGGAAGAAGAGUCAAAGCACCUCCCAGCUGGACCCAGAGGAGGAGGGUAAGAAGAAGAAGCCGGUGCGUCUGGCGAUCCAGCGGAGCGUAGAGACUGGUUUAGCAGUCGAGAUGAAGAGCAGGAUGACACGGCAGCCCAGCCGAGAGACCACAGAUGACGGUGAAAAGGCAAAACCUGGAAAUCUGAUCUUCCCUGGAGUGAAGAUCUCAUCAGAUAGCCAGUUCACUGAGUUUUUGGAUGGUCUUGGCCCCGCCCAGCUGGCAGGGAGACAGACACUGGCCACGCCCCCAAUGGGAGACAUCCAGAUCGGUAUGGUACACAGGAAGGAGAGGCUGGAUGUUGAAGUUAUUCGGGCUCGAGGCCUGGUGGGCAAACCAGGGAACAAACAGACGCCAGCACCUUACGUAAAAGUAUAUCUGCUGGACAACGGGAAGUGUAUCAACAAAAAGAAAACACGGACAGCGAGAAAAACACUGGAUCCUCUUUAUCAACAGCAGCUUCAGUUUGAGGAGAAUCCUGAGGGGAAGGUUUUACAGAUCAUUGUUUGGGGGGACUAUGGACGCAUGGACCACAAAUCCUUCAUGGGAGCCGCCCAGAUCCUGUUAGACGAUUUAGAGCUGACCAACAUGGUGAUUGGCUGGUACAAGCUCUUCCCUCCCACCUCAUUAGUGGACCCAACUUUGGCACCUUUAAGUAGUAAACCUCCAGAUUCAGGCCUGGACAGUUCCAACGUUCGGUCGUAGCGGCACGAGGUGGUGAGCGGUAGAGAGCGGCGCGAGUAGCACCAGCUACAGAAAGAGAGGAGAUGGUCUCGACGGGUCACGUUCUGGUUACACUGCAUGCUUGAUGUUGUGUCCUCUGAGCCCAUGUGACAAGAGGCUAAGAAAAGGCCUGCGUCCUUCUGCCAAAAAAAUUAACGAAAAGAAAAUGUAUGCUGCUGUCACACGCAGGGAAAGAACGCCACAGAAAGUCUCUCUGUUCAGCUGAAGAGAUGCAGCCAGGGAUUCGGUGGAGUCUGACUCUUAACCGUAGGACGUUAAGAGUGCUGAUUUCCACCGGAAAAGGAAGACGCCGUUUUACUCUGGCUGCUUCCUCUCUGUUGUAUUCAAAGAGAUGUCAGUGUUUCUUACCUACAGUAGAACUUGAAGCGUUGUAGCCAUAACUGUAAGCCAAGCUGUCAAAAGAAGAUCCAUAAAGAGAGAAGCGCUUGGCUAAGACGGGACAGAAAAGGGAAAGCGUAACCUCAGAGACAUGACAUUCUCAAGGGAAUGACCCUACAUCAAGCCAGAUCUCCACUGGAUUGAUCUUCAAAGUUCGGUGAUGAGGAAAUGAGAAAACAGGCCAGAGUUCCUGUUUGAUUCAGGAAACAACAGAAUUCUGGGGGGGGGGGAAGAAAAAAAGAAAUUAAUUAAAUAAUGGAACUUUUUUUGUGCUCCGGUAUGAUGUUCUCUUUGUUGAUGUACUGUAUGAAAUUUAUGAGAUAUUUUUUUUUUUCUUUUGGGUUUUUUUUUUUGCAUGGAUGCAGAGUUGUUUAAAAAAAUCGGAAGUUUAUUUUCCUCGAGACUUGCAAAAAAAAAAAAAAGAAAAAAAAGAGAGGAAGAAACUUAUUUAAGGAUGACCAGAUCAGCCAUUUUCAACAAUUUGUAUUAUUUUUAAUAUGAAAUUCUCUAGUGCAUGAUUUUCAAAGAGACUGAAUGCAAAAUGAUAACGAUGUGAUUGUCAUCCUUUAGAAUAUUCUUCUGUAUUUUUACAGAUCUCAGUUACAGGUGUGGCCUGGUGAGACUUUGUAUCUCAUAUUAUUAACAGAAAAAAGCAAGGGAUUGUCAAGGAAAACAAUAAAUGUACAAUAUUGAUUUCGAUAUGAAAACGAACAGGAAAAUUGUACAUUUCUCCCUUCAAAUGCAGCCAUAAUUCUGUGUUCAUGUGGAGACGGAGCUGUAGAUUAUGGGUCUGUCAUGAUUCCACUGUUCUGUUACAAUAGAAUGGCUCAUUCAUUCAAAGCAAGCAUGUUGAAAAGGGUCUGCAACAUGGAUUGAGCACACCGUCUGAGUAAUACAGCAUGUUUUGAUAGAGACAUCUGGGAAUUUUUCGCAGUUUUGUGUACAGUGCAUGUGGACCAGAGGCUAGGCCAUCCCCCUGAUCUAGUGUCGUCCACGGAUUCAGGUCAGGGUCCAGGUUUUGUGGCCGACGGUUCAGACAUUCAACGCAACAUUCCACCUCUUGGCACUCAUCUUUUCUUGAAGUUUUGAAAAGAAAAAAAGGAAAAGAAAAUCAAACAGACAAAAGAAAUCUAAAAAACAAGAGGGAAAAAGUUAAGAAAAUUUAUAUUUAUUCAAGUUUGACUUGAAAAAAAGUUGCAAGUAUAUUUUAUUUUAUUAUUGUUAUAAAGAAAAUGUUAUAAAAACAGAUCCCAUUGGAUGGUGCUGUACGAAGUCUCUGAACUCGGAGAGGACUGGACAAUGUUCAUUCUCGUUGUGUUCAAUGCAACAGACACUGGUUGUCGAUUGAGGAGCGAGUCACAGUUUGUGGAGAUGGGAAAAUUGCCACACAAUAUGAAUUUUUAAUUGUUUCUUGUUUUGAGAGAAUAAAAUUCAUUUACUAAUCCCUGUGUUUGUCUGCAGUCAUUCACCAAACCUUCUCACAAGCAUGACAUGCUACCAAAAAAACACCAAAACAUUACCUUCAUGGCCACUUAACAUACUGCAGAGUAUCUAGACGCCAGUACUAAACCAUACUAAAUACUUAAGUAAACAGUGGUACAAAUAAUCAAAUCAAAUAUAGUCUCAGUCAGAAGCAAUUCAAAAGUUUAAAUGUAUAACAGUAAGCCACAGAUGUGCUAAUGGGAGAAUUAUUUAGGUCUACUUUUCACCUAAAUAAGACAAAAUCUGCUAAGGGGUAAUUAAAUGUAACACAUCAUGAUAUUGGAGAAGACUACAAGUGAUAUACAUUAUAAAAAUCACCUAUCAAUUUCAGCGAAUGAAGAACAAAUUCAUACUCGCGUGCAUGUUAAUAACGUAUUAGGUACGUUACUGUCUCUGACAGACAGCAUAUUGAAGCCACUCAUGCCGCCAUUUUCUUCUUCUUGGAAAGCGAUGUAGUCAAAGUAUCAGGUAGUGUGUGGGUUUUCCAGAAAAUGUGUGCACUCCCUGGACCUCUGCAAGUUUAUUUGAAAUAAAACCGUAUAUUGUGCAUGUUAUGUUGACAGACAAAAUGUUACAUUCAGCUGUUGCAAGUUCUCCGAUUUAAAGCCACAGCUAGGAGCAAAGAAAGUAACUUAGUCCUUUUU